AUGGAACUCCAUGGUGCUUGGGUUUCAGUUGCGCUCAUCUUCUAUUCCCUACUUCUCUUGGCUCUUUACCAAGUCAACAUCGACGUUGAGUCGUGGAGGAAGUGGCAAGGAUUCGCUACUCUUGUCACUUACUCGAUAAUCAUCAUCGCCCUUGAUCGCGUAUACGUCGAGGGCAGUGUUUGGAAGUCCACGGUGGCUUGGUGGAAGAGAUGGCUGAAGCGUAGGCGAGACAACCCUUGGACGACGGCAAAUGCCGGAAAAAAGAUCAUUUUCAACAUGCUGGCCAAAUCAAUGCCGGAGUCGAUCCACCACGUUUCGGACAAAGGAUACCAGCUUCUAUGUAGCUACAGCUUCAAGGCGAAAACUAGAAUACCAACCAUUUACGUCCCGGGAGCUCCUCCGAUGUUCACCAAGCCAACUGCCCCGGUGGAGCUCAAGCAAGACGAAGGCCGCUAUUACAUCGAUCAACAUGUGGCAAAAGUACCCCACUCUCAGUUCGAACCGCUCUUCCAAGCUCUUACCGUAAUGAAGCCAAGCAAACGCUUCGAUGACGUGGAUGUGAUCAUCGCUCGUGGCUCGAUGACCACCCUAAUCACUUUCUUGAAGGAUGUAUCAUGCCAGCCAUUCGCACUAACUCUACAUGUCAUUGGCAACACUCUUAUCGUGGGUCGACGGUUGCGAUCUGGUCAGGCCGGCUCUACCAAUGGAUCGUAUGGCCGUAACUUCGAGGCUGGCUGGACGACGCAAGCAGAGCCCAAUCUUCAAGAUGCGGAGGGACACCAUCACGCGAUACAGUACGAGUUUGGCGGUCUCAGCAUCGUAACCAGAGCAGAGAUUGAUGCAUAUAUUCCGGAUAGCCCGCUGUCUAAGGAUGAGAUCAAGAAGAUGUUGGCAAAGUCCGCAUCCCUUGCUGAGCCAGAAGUCGCCACUACUACCAUUCAUCACGAUAGCUCGGGAUCGACCCGUGUCCUCCUAGCUGGAAGACUCAUCCCUCAUGACAAAGCAAUGGAACUAAAGAGCAACAACCAGAGCAAGCCUCUUGAUCAGAUAUGGGUUGGUAGAACCUCGGGCUGGUCUCUUGGCUCGAACAAGGAUGGCGUCUUUUCUUCUACUGAGAAGAGGUUCACACCAGAGGAUAUGAAGAAGAGCUACGAGGACGAUGUCAAGCGGCAAUCUGGUCUUCGAAAACUUGUGUGGCUAUUAAGCGAGCUGAAGAAGACGGUGAAGGAGAACACAAGUGACGGGUCUGCGGUGCUCCUUUGCUUCGGAAAAGGAGAAGAGCUCAUCGUACGUCCAAUGAACAAGCACGAACCUGCGCUUCCGAAGGCGAUUGUACAGUAUUUCUGGGGUUCGGCUAGUCAGAGCAGGGUAGAGAACAAGGUCUGA